AUGCCCGCCGCCAGAACCGAGGAAAAGGGCGAAUCUUCGACGGCUGCCUUGAAGGCGGCCCUGGCCUCGUCUUCAAACUCAUCUCCAAACUACGAACUGCCAUGGGUGGAAAAGUACCGCCCUGUCUUCCUGGACGAUGUGGUGGGCAACACGGAAACAAUUGAGAGGCUGAAGAUAAUAGCCAAGGAGGGCAAUAUGCCCCAUGUUAUCAUUUCAGGAAUGCCCGGCAUUGGAAAGACGACAAGUGUGCUGUGUCUGGCCAGACAGUUACUGGGAGAGUCGUAUAAGGAAGCUGUUCUGGAGCUGAAUGCAAGUGACGAGAGAGGGCGUCAAGGCAUCGACGUCGUACGCAAUCGAAUCAAGGGCUUCGCUCAAAAAAAAGUCACACUGCCGCCCGGCAGACACAAGCUCGUCAUUCUCGACGAAGCAGACAGCAUGACUUCGGGCGCGCAGCAGGCUCUUCGCCGAACCAUGGAGAUCUACUCCAACACGACGCGUUUCGCCUUUGCGUGCAACCAGUCCAACAAGAUUAUCGAGCCGCUGCAGUCGCGAUGCGCCAUCCUCCGAUACGCAAAGCUGUCGGACGCCCAGGUUGUCAAGAGAUUACUGCAAAUCAUUGAAGCCGAAAAGGUGGAAUACAGCGAUGACGGCCUUGCCGCUCUUGUUUUCAGCGCAGAAGGAGAUAUGCGGCAGGCCAUCAAUAAUCUGCAAUCAACCUUUGCCGGUUUCGGCUUCGUUUCUGGAGACAAUGUGUUCAAGGUCGUCGACUCGCCCCACCCCAUCAAGGUGCAGGCUAUGCUGAAGGCGUGCUACGAGGGCAACGUGGAUUCUGCGCUGGACACUUUGAAGGAGCUCUGGGACCUGGGCUACUCCAGUCAUGAUAUCAUCAGCACCAUGUUCAAGGUCACCAAGACGAUUCCAACGCUGAGUGAGCAUUCAAAGCUGGAGUUUAUCAAGGAGAUUGGCUUCACCCACAUGAAAAUUUUGGAAGGCGUCCAAACGUUGCUGCAACUGAGUGGCUGCGUUGCGCGGCUGUGCAAGAUCAACAUGGAUCCCAAGAGAUUCCAAGUAACUGCAAAAUAG